UCAGCGUAGCUGUUGUGUAUUUAUUGGUGAUGCAUGCGUGUAGUGACAGUCAGUGUCGAAAAUCUUAACUCUCAGAAACUUUCUGUUAAGUUUACUAACAAAGCUAAUUCGUGAAAUCAUCAUUAUUAUGGUGCGGUAUUUAGGUUUUAAUUAGAAUUUACAGAUAUUUUACAUUCGAAGUGAGCCGCGGCUUCAAAUGUGAGCAUUCCAAAGCGAAUGUUGAACUGUGUUUUUUUUAGUCAGUGAUUGUUUUCCAUACUUUUUAAAUUCUAUAAUGAUCAAUCCUAUGGACAGUGGAUUUAUUACGAUCCCUACAAUAUAGUGAUAUAGUUUUGUUUUGCGUUUGCUUCGUUGUGAUUUUCGUUCGAAUAUCGCCGAAAUAGUCAAGGAUUACGGCGUACGAGUUUCUGAGUACUGCUGUCACUUACGCAGUGUCCACCCGGAAGUUGGAGUCAGUCACGUGUGUGAUGUGCUGGCAACACCACGCAGUACUGAACAUAGAUGUCACCUGAUUACUGGGAGGAUGAAGUUUUCAACUGGGUCGAGUUCCAGCAGCCUCGCCAGCGAUUCGCUGUCGAGGAAAUCAACGCUUUGCAUCUAUACUGAUCUGGAUGCGCUUGCGCACCCACCGCCUAUGGAGAGGAUGGAUAGCAGUUCUGAAGCAAUGGAGUUGCGGCGGGAGCUGGACGCCGUUAAAAGUGCGUUGCAGCAGCAAUCCGAGUCUGUUCUCAAACAACGACAUCAGCUUGUCGAAGCGGGACAAGCGCUGGCGACGCAAGAGAAACAAGCCGUUCAAGAAAGAAGAAUUAGACAAGACCAACUUGCCCUAGUGUUACGCUCGCUCGUCCUACUGGAAUCCCGCCUCACAAGAGAACAGAAACAAAUUCACGUAUCGCUCAAGCAAAAAGAUAAAAUUAUCAAAUCACAGCAGGAAGAAAUAUUUAAACUUAAAGCACGCAAAUCCUACUGCAGUAAUUGUCAACAGCUGCUGGGGUUUACAAGCGAACAAACAAACAUUGAAACUGAUCCCGAAUUUCAAAGCUUAGAAAGUACAGAUUCCAGAUUCCCAAAUACAUUUGUGAGAAGUAAUAGUUAUCGUGAACAAAAAACACCACCGGUUUUCCAAAAGAACACUAGAUUAAGUAAGAGUUUUCAACUGCCUAAAAACGAAGUUGUAUAUUGCAAUACUAGUUCCAGUGAAGAAGGCAACACGACAAGUGUUGGAAGUAAAGGAACUUUUAUUAAAAAUAAACAAGCUUUUGUUCGACGAGAUGUAUUUCGCAGGUCGAGAAAAUAUUCAAGUCGGAAAGGUAAACAGCAAGAUAAUAUAAAAAAUAAUUAUAAUAAUCAAACCAAUAACAGUAGCAGUGCAGACGAUUGCUUUGGUAUGAGUUAUCAUGUAAAUCGCGAAGAUGACAUCACCGCCAAUCAAAUAGCAAACGACAUCAGAAAAGCUUCGCUUAAAAUAGAUCAACUUAUCGGUGAAGCAGCUAAAAAAGAGCAGGAGAGUACAUUUAGUGACUCAGAAAAAACUUAUUCGACCAAAAUUGAGAGAUUACACGGCAUCAAACGACAGGCGUCGGAUGAGAUAAAGGCUAAUAGGCAAAUAUUCCUUAAUAACGUUCUCAGCGAAGAAGUAGCUGAAAAGCCCUGGUAUUGCAAUGUUAGCGAUCAAGAACAAGACAUGGAUUGUUUAGAUCCUAGACUAUUAAACACAAAUUCUAAACCUGCUGAUAAUGUUUUGAUACAAGGGCUUAGUAGUGGUAUUAUAAACGCAGAAAUAAUAUCUGCAAAAAAUGAAGUCCUUUGCAAUAAUUUAAUUAAAAAUGAUAAAUAUAAUACGCUAUUUGAUAGUGAAAAUCACAACGUCGAGUCACAUUCAAACAAAAAUGAAAAUACGCCUGAAACAAAUGAAAAUUGGUACGCCAGUACUAGCGAUGCGGACGACACUCCGCCACAUGAAAUUUAUAAAAACAACCCAGUUCUUGAAUGCGUUAAUCAGAUUCUCCUCCAAAAUUCCUUAGAUGAUAGUAGUAACGAUAAUUCUAAAUCUAGUGAAGCGUCAUCUCCAAGUCCGAAAGCUACAACUAAACGUGUUCAAUUCUCUACAUUAAAUAGCAUAUCAUACGACGAUAAAAUUAGACCUACUGGUAACAAUACGCUGCCUAGAACAGACAGACGAGCGAAUAAAAUUGUUAAGUUCAGUUUAGAAACAGCAUCUGAACAUAGUUACGAGGUGCCGAAUACUGCGCAAGGAUUUCAAUAUGAGAUACAAAGUCUUUACAGUAAUGAAUAUGAACCAAUUAUAACAAAACCGACGGAUGAAAAGUCUCUGCCAAUACCCCCAAAACCAUACAGCGACACUAAGUCAUCUAUUCCCAAAAUACGGGGAUCUAUUGUGAAAAAUAUCGCAGCCAAUAUUGAGAGUCGUAAUAUCCAGAAUACCGAUCUUAAAUCAGAUACAAGGGGAUCUAUGAAGAUAUUUAACAAAAGAAAAGUACCACGAACUCCUCCUGCUCUGCCGCCUAAGCCGAAGAACUUAUCGGCCAAAUGGAAAGCUGAAAAUACUGUCAAACCGCUGACAGAAUCUUUAGACUCUGAAGCCGUUGCGGCUAAUCAACGGGUUGCAGAUGUUAAGAGAAACGUGACUAACGUGGUGACAUCGAAGAUCGUUGAACCCGACUACUGCUCCAUUUCAGAGAUAAAUGUUCCAGUAGUCAAUAACGGGAAGAGAGAGUUGCUUCUCACGCAGCCGACGGUUGAAAUACACAAUGAGCAAUACCAGCACUCCAUUCAACGCAGUGUCGCAAAGGUUGUGUCGCUGCCGAGAAUUCAAAACAAAAUCAGUGACAAGGACAUACCUAAGCUUCCUCAAGUCACUGAAAUCAUAAUUCCCGAUGAGGAUGAAAAGCCUAGUGAAGAUUGCUUCCAACCAAACAGCUACUUAGCUGCCUUCAGCAUACACGCUCUUCAGCCCAAAAUAGAUACACGUGGAUCAAUUCAAAUGGGCAACACUGUGUCUUCGAUACUCUCUGAAAUAAACAAGGGUGUCAAGACGAGUGGCAAACAGAUAAAUCUAACGGAAUUGGACAACCAAUUCAAUCACGCGUCAGAAAAAAUUCAAACGACUCACCCCGAGCAACACAAAGCCGAAUAUUUUGACGAAAUGGACAAGUUUGACUUGUCGCAAAAUUUUGAAGAAUUCAAAAUAGACGAAGAGCUUGGGAGCAUAGCCGCUGAAGAAUACCGCAUCAGCUCUGGAAGCAGCGACGGAUCCAUGUCUGACGUUGUCACUGAACAUCAUAUCUGUGAACCUGAGAAAGAAAAUGAAUGUAACAGUGAAAAAGAAAAAAAUGGAUUUCACGAAAGCUACGACACUAAAAAUCAUUCAAAAAACGCCAAGCUUUCGAAUAAACCUGAUCUCCUUUCGAAUAUAGAAAAUUUAGAGACUGAAUCGGUUAGAAACUCAGACAUCGAAUCGAGUAACUCUUCAGGAAGUAACAGUGGUUCAUACAACACGGUUAAAUGUGAACCGAGGAUGAUUUUGACCAACCCUGAAGCCGUGAAUAAAUCUAAGGGGGCUUUUGACUUUUUCUUAGAGACAUCUGGUCUUAGUUCUAAGUCUAUAUUUUCGCCUAGCAAGACUUAUCUAGGCUUGAGGCCUCCGAGUGCCAAUCACAAGAAUGUACUUAAACCUAGGGAUAUAAAAAUGCGCGUAAGAAACCCUAUCGUAACGAAUAAAAUCAACGAAAAACCUAUGACGACCGCUAUAAAAUAUUUUGAACCGUAUGUGUAAAAAGAUAUACUAAUAUCAUAUUUUAUGUUAUUUUAAUUAUUUAUUGUAAAAAUUGAACUUGCCUGCAUAAUAUUAAUGUAUUUAUGUCUAUAUUUUCGUGAUGUAAAUAAUGAGCUAUUUUAAAUAUACA